AUGACCAACAUUAUGGCCCGAAUUGGAUCUGAACGAGAUUCCACCUGUCUCUGUAUGGUUGGAAAGAACAUCCAAUCCCUUAAAUCCCGUCUAUGGGAGGGCAUCAUCCCACUGAGCAACCAGUUAUGGCUGGAAAAAGGGCUCAACCAGCCCGAAUAUUUGGAUUUCACUUGUCAACAGCUAAAAGCCGUGAUCGCCGUGUUUCAAUAUUUGAAUGAACCAACCGUACGAUUAUAUCUUCGCGACACGUUCAAUUUCAUCUAUGAUCAUGGGGUGGCCCUCGAUACUGUUUUUAACAAGCGCAGAACGGGGCAAAGUGGGAAAAAUCCCGUCAGUGUCGCAGGUCUUUGGACAAUGUAUAUGACAGCGCAUUUUGAGAUGAUGACUGAGCGUGCCCAUAGAUGGGUCACUGUCCAUGUCAAUAUACUCCGAGCUCCGUUGCUGCGAGCCCUUUUGGAGCAUCGGCCACCGGGAGAUGGUGGCCUGUUAGGCCAGCCUGAUGCUUUGCGGUGGAAGCUUGCUGAUUCACUGCACAUACUGACAGAAAUCACUGCCAAUGCAGAUUUCACCAUCAUGAUCCCCAUGGAUGGUUACAAGGGGUGCUUCACGGCUCCCCCGCGGGACGGUCCAGCAGCUCUUCAUGCUGUGAAUCUGCUGACGAGAAGUAAAGCAUACCAUGAGCGCUUGAGGCUGCUUACUCGAGCAGCCAUCCUCCGUCAUGUAACAGGUCCAUGGAGAGAUUUAAUUCCUUCGUCCGGAGGUAUCAUGUGA